AUUAACUUGUAAGAGCUAAGUGAAGUGAUUAGAUAUUUUUGUUGUGUAAGUUUGUGAAAUCCAGUGAAAAAAAAAUGGAAGAGAAAUUAGAAAAAAUUAAGGCAUUUUACACUGAUAACAAACCAUAUCGUCCACCAAGGCAAGUUAAUGCCGAUGAUCCAGCUGACAUUCAGGAUUUAGACGAAAUUAAAUUGCACGAAUUAAAGGAGUGCUUCUCCUUAUUCGACCAAAAUAAUGACGGCUAUAUUGAUGCAAGCGAUUUACGCAGCACGUUUAAAACAAUGGGUAUGGAGGUUGACGAUAAGGUCAUUGAUGAAAUGAUUGCAGAUGCCUCACAGCCAAUUGAUUUUGACAGUUUUGCGAUGAUGAUGUGCUUUAAGACGAUGGAAUUAGAACCAGAGAUUGUUCUGCUUGAAGCUCUUUCAAAGUGGGACGAACGUGUUCAAGGUGUCAUAAGUUUAGAGAGAUUUUUCACACACUUAACAACCUACAAUGUCGACAGAUUUACGCUUGAUGAAGCCAAGGCUGUGUUGAAUGAGGCACCAUUAGUAGAGAAAGGAGAAAAUUUUAAAGGACUUGAAAGUAACACAGACAGUUGGAUUGAUUAUCUUUUAUGGGUUGAGAAGUUUUCAGGAUUUAGAAAAGCUCGACAGGCAAAUUACUCAAUGUAAAUUGGAUCUCAGAAAAGAAAGCAUCAAUUUUAAAAUUUAUUGAAUUUUAUAAAGAAAAUUGCGCAGUUUCGUAUGAGAUUGUAAUAAAAAAUUGUUAAGGAUCUAAAUUUUUAUGAUUAUUGAGGUUGUAACGUGUAGGAAUUUUUCAUAGUAUGAAUCAGUUUUGUGGGGCCAGUUCACUAGUGACGUCAUAAUUUUAUAUGGUUUUUAAAGUGGAGUAGAGAAGUUAACUGUAUGUGACAGUGUGGUCCAAAAAUCUCAAUAAAACGUCAUUUAUGAAGAACCCUCACUCAAAU